AUGUUCAUCGAGGAGCAAACAAUUCGGUUUUCUCUAUCGCCUGAAGGUCAACCAUCAACCUAUAGACAGAAGUGGAUCACUUCCACUUCGUUUAAUUUAUACGAAGUUAAAAUUUACGACCGUUUAAGAAACAGUGUAGUAUCUCCUUUAAAUACUUCUGAAUUGCUUAGACAGUGGGAUUAUUGUCUUUUCCCCUUUUAA